AUGUCAAACUACCGGUGUCAAUCCGCUCUUAAACUCGUCGAAUUAGAUCAUAAGUUUAAAAUAUUUUGCCGAAAUGGCUGUCGAACCGUCGUCGAUCUCGCCGCCGCUCCAGGGGGCUUCUCACAAGUUGCCCUGGAGGGGAUGAAUAAGUAUCGCGAUCGCCAUCAUCAUCGCAAUCUCGACCACUUAUCCCCGCUAAAGCCGUUAGUGCUAGCGGUGGACUUGCGGCCAAUCGAGCCGAUCGCCGACGAGGUGCGUAUUCUACGUUGCAACGUGUUGCAUCAUCGCGAGCUCAUCCGGCAACUUCGGCCUUUUCUCAACCAUUCAAAUGCGAAUCCUUAUGCGGCCACAGAAGAUAUCGAGAGGGCUCGUUCGGUCACUCAGGCGCCGACUCCACGUGCGGUGGAUGUGGUGUUGCAUGACGGGGUAUCCGUGGUCGCGGGGCAGCAUGCCUUUUCCGUUACCUACGCACAAAAUCAGAUGGUGCUGAGCGCGCUUUUGUUUGCCUGCAAGGUUUUCUCGUUCUCGCCAUUCGCUCCUUCCGCGCGGGAGACGGCGGAAGGGGAUCGGCCGCGUUUCCGACCGCUCUCGGGUGGCGUUUUUGUUUCAAAGCUGAUGCAUUCGACGCACCUUCCGAAGGUACUGACGGCGACGCGUCGAUUUUUCCGUCGGGUUCACCUUCAUAAACCUUCCGCCUGCAGGGCGGAGAGUUUGGAAACCUACCUCAUCGCGGAGGACUUUCUUCGCCCCCGAUGGGAAACCUAUUUGCGGGGUUUCACGUCGUUUCGAGGCGGCCGAUCGGCGAAUCCGUUCAGCCUCGCCCCGGAUGUCGGAGAUAUUGCGAAGGGGAUGGCUAUUGUCUGGGUUUGUCUGGGAUGCGGGCAAACUCGUACCUCCUGUGCGCCCUGCCCUACAUGCAUGGGGAUGCGGUGA